UCUCUCUUCCCAUCGUCUCUCUGACCCUCUCCCCUCGUCCCGAACUGGCGAACAGUAAGCGAAACAUAAACAAACAACCACGGACCCAAUGAAAUCGAGGGAAGGUUCACGACACGCUGCUCCCCACCACUAACCGCACUCGAUUGAGCGCCAUGCUGCAGCUCCAGCCCCCUGGGUUCCUGCCCAUCCCGCGCCGGCGCGUCACCGCCCGCGGGCGUCGCGCCCGCCCUGUCAUCGCCUUCAACUCCCAGUGGAAGAUCCCCGACGUCGACACAGAUGCGGUGCGGGAGCGAGUGCGGUCUUGGAUGUCUCUGGCGCGGGGCGCGAUCGCCGACGCGGGGCGCGCGGCGCGGGAGGGAGGGAGGCACAAAGAGGAGCCCGAGGGUGGGAAGAAGAAGCAGCGGAAGGAGGUGACCGUGGAGGAGCAGGCGUUCGUUGCGGUGCCAGAGGUCACCGUGGAGCCGCGGGUGCCCCAGGGUUGGCUCUCGCUGGACGCCGUCGUCUCCAUCGAGCAGUUCGCCAGGUUGAAUGGGUUGACGGGGAGACAGGUGCAGAGGAUAUUUGAAUCACUUGCUCCAGAGCAUCUGCACAAUGACGCUCGAAGCCUGGUUGAGUAUAGCUGCUUCCGCUACUUGGCAAAAGAUAAUUCUGACUUCCAUCCAAACUUGAAGGAGCUUGCCUUUCAAAAGCUUAUCUUUGUGACUAUGCUUGCUUGGGAAGAUCCAUAUAACGAAGACAGCAGUCCACUUUCUUCGCUAGACAACUAUUCUGUAUUGGGAAGGCUUGUUGGAGAAGAUGCCUUUGCCCGAAUUGCUCCUGCUGUUGCAGGUGUUGCUGAUGUUUCAACAGCUCAUUAUCUCUUUAGGGCUCUUGUUGGUGCAGAAAAGGGACUUUCAUUUGAUCUGUGGACAACAUAUCUAGCGGAACUUUUGAAGGUUCAUCAUGGCAGGCAAACACAUCAAACGGGAGAUAAUUUUUUGUAUGAUGAGAAAGUCUUAUGCAUUGGCUCUAGUAAAAAAAGACCUGUUCUAAAAUGGGAGGAAAAUACCGCAUGGCCAGGAAACCUUACCUUGACGGACAAGGCGCUGUAUUUUGAGGCCAUUGGACUGUCAGGUACCAAGAAACCAAUGAGGCUUGACCUUACAAAUCAGAAUUCAAGGGCUGAAAAGACGAAAGUUGGACCAUUUGGAUCCAAACUAUUUGACUCUGCUGUCUCAGUUUCUUCUGGUUCAAUCAGGUCAGAUGAAUGGACAUUGGAGUUUGUUGAUUUCAGUGGGGAGAUGAGACGAGAUGUGUGGCUCGCCUUCAUCAGUGAAAUUAUUUCAGUUUAUAGAUUCAUUCGUGAAUAUGGUCCAGGUGGUGAUGAUCCAGCAAUACAUAAUGUGUAUGGUGCGUACAAAGGGAAGAAAAGAGCUGUUAGUAGUGCAGCGAACAGUAUUGCAAGGCUCCAGUCUCUGCAGUUCAUACGGAGAUUAUAUGAAGAUCCAGCUAAGCUAGUGCAGUUCUCUUACCUGUCCAACGCACCAUUUGGUGAUGUUGUUCUUCAGACCCUAGCAGUGAACUUUUGGGGUGGGCCUCUGACUACAAAAGCCAGAUCUGCAAAUCAUAGAUCAACUCAGUGGCAUAGAUCUUCAGAGGACCCAUCUAGCGGUCGCACACAUGUUUACGACAUAGAUGGCAGCGUGUACUUGCGCAAGUGGAUGACGUCCCCCAGCUGGACAUCUAGCCACUCAGCCAAUUUUUGGAGAAAUUCUUCUGUCAAGUAUGGUAUAAUAUUGAGUAAAUCUUUAGUUGUAGCUGAUAAAAACCUUGUAGAAAAGGCAAUGGUUGACUGUAAAGAGAAGAGCAAAGUAGUUGAAAGGACACAAGCGACAAUAGUUGCUGCUACAAUCGAAGGUAUUCCAAGUAACAUUGACCUCUUCAAGGAGCUUAUGCUUCCUUUUGCAAUAGUGGCUGAAAAUUUCAAGAAACUGCAACGCUGGGAAAAUCCACGUUCAACAUUUUGUUUUCUACUAUUGGUUCAUACUGUUAUUUUCAGGAACAUGCUUUCUUAUGUAUUUCCUUUCACCUUGAUGACGAUGGCCCUUUCCAUGCUUGCUGUCAAAGGACUGAAAGAACAAGGCCGGUUAGGUAGAUCUUUUGGUAAAGUGACGAUUAGGGAUCAAUCACCUUCAAACACAAUUCAGAAGAUCCUAGCCCUUAAAGAGGCAAUGGCCUCAGUGGAAAAUUAUCUCCAGAAUCUGAAUGUCUCCCUGCUGAAGAUCCGCACGAUCCUUCUAGCUGGCCAACCUGAGGUGACAACACAGGUCGCGUUUGUUCUCCUAGCAUCCUCAGCCGUCCUUCUUGUGUUUCCUUUCAAAUAUGUUCUUGCAUUCUUUACAUGUGAUCUUUUCACAAGGGAGCUAGAAUUCCGGAGGGAAACGGUGAGAGCCUUCAUGAACUUCGUGAAGGAACGGUGGGAAUCAAUACAUGCUGCCCCUGUGGUCGUGUUGCCAUAUGAAGGCGCUGAAAGCAGCCCCAAGACACUCCCGGCAGAAGUUUCGGGGCAAGCAGAACCCCAGAAUGUCCAACGUGGGAGCGGUUAUGUCUCCUCAAAGAAUGGCAUCAGCAGUUGAUCCGUGCAGCUUUGAGGGCAUCUUGCUGUAAACUUGUGUACAGUUAAACUUGUAUAGAUUACUCGAGAGGGCAGAUUAGGUAUAGAUCGUACCAAUUGGUGGAUUUUGCAGAGUAAUGUUCCAUUUACGUCGUAGUGAAGAUAACUAGCGUAGACGAGAACUUAGGAGAGAAUUUUGGGUCCAAUUCGCUGUCUUGGAUCGUUGGUCUGGCAGUUAGGGAUGUCAAGUAAGAAUUUUGGGUCCAAUUCACGGUCUUGGAUCGUUGGUCUGACAGUUAGGAAUGUCAAGUUGACAGAUGCAUGUAUUCAUAAUCCGUUUGGAACGCUGCAGGAUCGGGGAAUAUAUAUCAGCGGAUGUGCCUAGACAGACAAGUGAUCUGGGACGUGGUUUCAGUUCAGGCUGCAGAGAAAGCUAAUGAGAUAUCCUGCACCUAGAAACCUGCUUAAGUGCGUUGAUGGCAUCCUGUCCGUGUACAGCGAACGGCCGUUGAUUCCCAAAGGACAGCAGCAAACACAUUCGGGGUCUCGCAUAUGACCGCUCAGCAUGGCACUAGGAGGACUGAUUGGCACGGCACGGUAAGAACAUGGCACGACAAAUGUGCCUCUUAGCCGUGUCAUGCCAGUACCGGCCCUAAGCAUUACAUAUGUAAACCCUAAAAUAUAAUUUUAAGAAGUUUAGGUAGCUCUUUUGUUCUUUGACAAUUAAUAUUAGAGUUUAUAUUAGUAUGUGUUUUAUUAUUGAGACAUGUUCCCUUAAAUAAAUACUAAAUAGAAUUUAAUAUCA